UUUUUAUCUGUCAUUGUCAAAGAGAGAAUCAGUCAUCGUUCUUAGAAAAUUGUCGAAAAUAAUUCAUUUUUAUUACAAUGACUUUGCUUGUACGUAAUAUUUUAAAUUUGAGAAGCAGUCCAUCAAAUGUCAUCUGUCGGAAAAAUAUUUACACUACUCCACGUCUUUCCUCUGACAUGUUGCUGGUGCAUCGAGACAGUAAAGAAAACAAUUCGAAAAUACCAUUUCAAUUUACUGAAGCUAAUAUGAAGAGGAUUCAAGCCCUCGUGCAGAACUAUCCGGAAGGUUCACAAAUGUCUGCCGUAUCGAUGGCACUGGACAUCGUGCAGAGACAAAUUGGCUGGAUCCCUAUAUCAGCCAUGCACAAGGUCGCAGAAAUACUUAGCAUGCCAAGAAUGAGGGUCUAUGAAUGGGCCACCUUUUAUACUAUGUGCAAAAGGGAAUACAGAGGCAAAUUCAACGUGAAGGUUUGUAAGACCUUGCCGUGUAUGUUGCGAGGGUCUGACAUUAUACUUCAAGCGGUAGAAGAUGCUACUUGCUGCAAGGUCGGCGGUCUGUCUGAAGACAAGAUGUUUGGAGUGGACCUCGUCGAGUGCCAGGGAGCAUGUGCCAAUGCUCCCGUCGUAGUUAUUGAUGACGAUUAUUAUGAGGACUUAACAGUCUGCGAUAUUUACAAUAUUAUUCAAACAUUGAGAUGUGGCGGUAUACCGCCGUGUGGACCUCAAAGUGGUAGAUUCGCAGCUGAGCCUUGUUGCGGUCUGACCUCACUCCUCACGUGUCCCCCACCACCAGGGUAUUGUAUCCAGAGAGCAUUGUUCACAAGUUGUGAUGACGGCAAGAAGAAGAAAUAACUUCUUGGUACUUCAUUCCGAUGGCUAACGUUUAUUUCUAGCUUAAUUUAUGAACUUUUAAAUUUUGAAAUAAUUUUGUGUUGUAGUAAACUUGCAGAUAUAUUAUGUUGUAUUCGAAUUCAUCUUUGUGUGUGUAGGUGCUUAAUUAUGGAACUUUAGAAAUAAAAAAACAUUGUUUAUA